CGUGCAACAGUGGAAAAAGCCGUUACUAAAUACCUUUCUUGGCGAGUUAUUAUGAACCAGGAGGGAGAGAGGAAAGUACACGUAUGGAUAACUUUCUACAUGGCACUACCACCUUUACCACUCGCUUACAUGCUGGUUGACAGGCAGCAAACAAACCCACCGGGCCACGAUAAUAGUCAUUACGGGAGAAAGUAGUUGGGGCAUAAAACCCGGAAUUUGGUGGCUUCAAUGGGUCAGUGUAUGUAUUGUGUUUGUCCCGAAUUAUGUAUAAUCCUCUGAUUGUGAAACUUUUCUCUAAAACUUUUCCGUCCACAGGAUGAGGAGGGGGCAGUACUAUUUGAAAAGGCAUGGCUAAUAGUUCACUCGAUUUUCAACAAAGGAUUCAACGACUGUUGGCAUAUCCUGUAAAAUUUUGUCCAAUUCGAGACUUUGUGCAGCAACUGAAGGCCAGCAAGGAAUGCAGUGGUGCUGGUGACGACAAUAGCAGCAGCAGAGUUAUUGAUGAAGGUGAAAGUUGUCAAAACUUAUUGGGUGCAUCGCCAUCGUCGUCAAAUUCUAUUAAUAGCAGUACUGUGACAAAUUGUCCAUUUGAUUGCUGCAAGAAAGAGUUGGGGAGACAUUACUUUUCCAAUUGUGAAGUUACAAAUACCAGUUUCAAGAUGCAGGUCGGUUUCGAAAACGGGAACGUGCAUCCCGGCAAUGGAAACUUUGGCAUGACUUAUAAGCCACAAGGGGCACGAGCUUAUCAUCAUAAUGCAAUCGCAUCCUCAGCGGAAGGUAGUAAUAAUAGUAACGUGCUCAAUCGGAGGACACUCUUUGAAGGACGCGUCCCUGGACCGAUGCGGUUCGAUGAGCUGAUCAAAGGUCGCGGUGGGGAGUAUGAGGAAGGAGACCAAGAAAUACUGCUUAUGGAACAGAACAAUCUUAAGCUCACGUUUCACAAGGGUCAAGGAGGUGGUGGUGGAGACCGGAAUAAUUUCAUGGGGGCUGGAUCUAUCAUUCAGAAGCAUGAAAAUAAUAAUAACAAUAGGAUUCAGCUACACGGCAACAGCUUAUUGGAACAACAGCAGCGACAUCAUUCGGCUUAUCAGGAUCGUGCCUAUCAUCAAUAUCCGUUCUAUCCCGUCGCUACUUUGACAGAUGGUGGGGAUGGAGGAGGAGCAAUGAUGAGGUCAAUCAGACAACACGACACGUCUCCACCGCCGCCGUGGACGAACAGCGGAAGAUCUGGCAGCAACACGCCGAACAAAUGGUCCAACGGACAAAUGGACGUCACUCCGACGAACAAUGUAAUGCAAAUGCAACGAGGACGAGGUCAACCAGUCGACUGCAAAAUACCCGUGAUUGAAAUGAAGCCUUACUCAAGCACCCAUUCCCACCCAAAUUUGAUGAUUCAUCAGCAACAACAGCCCGGAAAUCAUACCACAGAUUUUAUCGACCAACAACUCAACAGUCAUCUCAAGUCGUUCAAAUACAUUAAACCAACCCAUCAACAAUUACAGCAUCCCAAUCUCACAUCGUCACUGGCAUCGUCCGCGACAAUAACGAAGAUUCCGCACCCACAAAAUACUAAAACCGUAUCGGCUCUAGUCCCAAAAUCGAAGCCUAACUUUAAGCAGAAAAUGCAGUCUCAUUCCCCCUCGGCAGGAUCACCUCGAGCAGCGUUAGAGCAUUAUGAGAAGCUCAAAAAGUAUUGGGAUUAUCAACACCAUAUCCUCGGCCUUGGUGGCGGUGGGGGUUGGGACGACUAUGCCAACUAUGCGACUGGGAUGGACAGCUCUGACUACAAUUUUCCAUCUCACGCCGCCCACGCUGCUCAUGCCGGAGGAGGAAACGGCUACUAUGGAAAACCUCAAAUCUCAGUGGGAGUCGCGACCUACGGAUAUCAUCAGUCGCCACCAUCCUCCUCAAACUGGCAGCAGCAGCAGCAGCAGAAUAGCAGUAACCCUAAUGUCACACGAGGUCAGCAUGGCUUAUACGAGGCGGACGGUUACCACCCCCAUCACAACACCCCACAACAGCACGUAUACCCCACUUAUCAAAGUAGUAAUGGCCCCCAGUCGACAAGGAUGCAUCAUCCUCCCCCGUCUGCGUAUAACAAUUCACCAUCAACAAAAACGACGGCAUCAGGGUUUGCCGCAGAGCUGGAGAAACUUCAAAACUUCAGCUAUACUUACGGCCAAGGUCAUCAUCAACAUAAUGAAUCGAGUGGUGGUUGGAAACCCCCAACAUCGAUGGUGACGCCGGCUCAAAAGAAGACUUAUCCCACGACUAAUUCGGACGUGGGACUGGCUCAAAUUGGGAAAACGCUACACGUUGAACAGAAGAGACCCUACGUAAUUACUGAGAGCUUGAAAAAUGAAAUGCUCAAGGAAUCCUCUACGAUUAUUAAGGAGCUGAUGAAACCAGCGUUGUCGUCUUCGUCAGUGCCAACAACGCCACCGUCCCCAAAGAAGGAACUGCAACCAAGCUCAAUUCUGAAACCGAUCGUGGCAGCAGCCGAUCCUUCUGAGGAAGUUAUGAUUGUGGACUGCGUGGAGAAGGUGAAUGAUAAGGACUUAUCCUCAAUUGGGAAAGGAUCGACUACUGGAGAUGGGAACAAGGGUCAAGUCGGAAAACCCAAGCUGUCCGAAAUGACACUCCCACGACGACGAAGUGAUCAAGAUCAACGCCUCCUGUUGCAGCAACGGUUCGGAAAUCUAAAUCGCACAACGGUUGAUGUUCCACAAAGGCCAAAAUCUGUCGGAGGUAUUACUGACGUGUCGGGAUACGAUCAUAUCGUCCUCUUGGACAAACGUGUAAUGACCUACAUGUGCAAGAGAUGCCUCGAGACGUUAAAGUCAGACCAGGAAAUCAAAAAUCAUCUCUUUUGCAAAAUGCUGCAAAAUACGAUUCAAUGUCACGUGUGCCGAAACCUGUUUCCCACGGAUGAGUAUCCCGAACACUUGAGAGGCCACGGGGUCAGGGCCUUCAGUAAUUAGUUAAAUGAACUACAAUUACUUGUAAUACUUGCAUAACCAACUCAACUCAAUUAUAUUAUACAUAAUAUGCAACCAAUAUAUUUAAAGUUAAUCAUUAUACAUAUUUACAUAUAUAUAUCGCAGUCAAUUAAUAAUUAUUUAUCCUGAACCUUAAUUAUUUUUUAUUCUGUUUGAUAAUAACGUGCAGUGUCAAUCAAUGUAAAUGAUGCAUUUAUAAAGUAUUAUUAACUUACAUAA